GUCAGUCUACUUGAGGCAGGCCUGGCUGCUAUACCUCCUCGCCUGGACGCUAUACCCUCCCUGCUAUACCCGCGCCGCUAUACCUGGAUGCUAUACCAUCCAGACGCCGCCGCUGUCUGGAUGCUAUACCCUCGACAUCUGGACCAACUAACCAAUUACGGAGAGAGGAACGGAGCAAUAUGAAGUCAGAUGAGAGGAACCCGUAUAAGCAGCCGACAGCUGGUGCUGGCGUACAGGUGGCCCUGCGCCCUCCGCCCUUGUUAGAGAGGUUCCAGCACUUCAGGAAGAAGGAAUUGUUCACGGAUCUGUGUGUUGUCUAUGGCUGUGAGAAGCACCUGAUCCACUCGGCUAUGCUUGCCGCAUCUUCUCAACCCAUUUGCCGUCUUCUUGAAGAAGCCCAAACUAAUCGUAAGGAGUACAAGUGGGUCGAGGAAAUUUCCAGUUGUCCUGACACUGACGCAACAAAUGAUAGAUAUAAAAUGAACAAAGGAGGCAGCGAAGUUCAAGAAGCUGGUCUCAAUACACCGAGACUUUCAAAUCCUUGUUCUUCAAACCUCUCAGGAGAAAUGGGUGUUACUAAUAGUGAAAAUAAUUGCAGUAAAAGAAGCCAUGUUUUAUCUGUGCCCAUCAGGAAGAGCCGAGAUUGUAUGACACUCACUUUAUCAGAUGUUGACAGUGGUGUCCGGACGUUGUCAGUUGAAGGAGUUGAACCACGUGUGAUGAAUCACAUCAUUCAGUAUGUGUACUGGGAGGAAUUCAUCAUCUCUAGUGUACAUGUCCACGAUUUCGUGUCGAUAGCAAGGAGUUUGGAGUUGCAAGGGUGUGAGUCAGUGUGUGCAAGUCUGCAGUAUGCCAUCCCUGGGGAAGUGCGGUGUCUUGGCAAACAUGAUCACUGGAUAACUUCCGACUCAACCUUAACUGCCAUCGGCGAGUCUCGGGUUUAUGGUGCCACGAUAAAGACCGGGUCAACUACCCAGGAUGAUUUUAGCCACAGUGUUGGUGAAGUUGACCAUGGCCACAGUGUUGGUGAAGUUGACCAUGGCUUCAGUGUUGGUGAAGUUGACCAUGGCUUCAGUGUUGGUGAAGUUGACCAUGGCUUCAGUGUUGGUGAAGUUGACCAUGGCUUCAGUGUUGGUGAAGUUGACCAUGGCUUCAGUGUUGGUGAAGUUGACCAUGGCUUCAGUGUUGGUGAAGUUGACCAUGGCUUCAGUGUUGGGGGAGUUGACCAUGGCCACAGUGUUGGGGGAGUUGACCAUGGCCACAGUGUUGGAGUUGACCAUGGCCACAGUGUUGGAGUUGACCAUGGCCUCAGUGUAGGUGAAGUUGACCAUGGCCUCAGUGUAGGUGAAGUUGACCAUGGCCUCAGUGUAGGUGAAGUUGACCAUGGCCUCAGUGUAGGUGAAGUUGACCAUGGCCUCAGUGUAGGUGAAGUUGACCAUGGCCUCAGUGUAGGUGAAGUUGACCAUGGCCUCAGUGUAGGUGAAGUUGACCAUGGCCUCAGUGUAGGUGAAGUUGACCAUGGCCUCAGUGUAGGUGAAGUUGACCAUGGCCUCAGUGUAGAUGAAGUUGACCAUGGCCUCAGUGUAGGUGAAGUUGACCAUGGCCACAGUGUUGGUGAAGUUGACCAUGGCCACAGUGUUGGUGAAGUUGACCAUGGCCACAGUGUUGGUGAAGUUGACCAUGGCCACAGUGUUGGAGUUGACCAUGGCCACAGUGUUGGAGUUGACCAUGGCCUCAGUGUAGGUGAAGUUGACCAUGGCCUCAGUGUAGGUGAAGUUGACCAUGGCCUCAGUGUAGGUGAAGUUGACCAUGGCCUCAGUGUAGGUGAAGUUGACCAUGGCCUCAGUGUAGGUGAAGUUGACCAUGGCCUCAGUGUAGGUGAAGUUGACCAUGGCCUCAGUGUAGAUGAAGUUGACCAUGGCCUCAGUGUAGGUGAAGUUGACCAUGGCCACAGUGUUGGUGAAGUUGACCAUGGCCACAGUGUUGGUGAAGUUGACCAUGGCCACAGUGUUGGUGAAGUUGACCAUGGCCACAGUGUUGGUGAAGUUGACCAUGGCCACAGUGUUGGUGAAGUUGACCAUGGCCACAGUGUUGGUGAAGUUGACCAUGGUCACAGUGUUGGUGAAGUUGACCAUGGCCUCAGUGUUGAAGUUGACCAUGGCCACUGUGUUGGUGAAGUUGACCAUGGCCACAGUGUUGGUGAAGUUGACCAUGGCCACAGUGUUGGUGAAGUUGACCAUGGCCACUGUGUUGGUGAAGUUGACCAUGGCCUCAGUGUUGGUGAAGUUGACCAUGGCCUCAGUGUUGGUGAAGUUGACCAUGGCCUCAGUGUUGGUGAAGUUGACCAUGGCCUCAGUGUUGGUGAAGUUGACCAUGGCCUCAGUGUUGGUGAAGUUGACCAUGGCCUCAGUGUUGGUGAAGUUGACCAUGGCCUCAGUGUUGGUGAAGUUGACCAUGGCCUCAGUGUUGAAGUUGACCAUGGCCUCAGUGUUGAAGUUGACCAUGGCCUCAGUGUUGAAGUUGACCAUGGCCUCAGUGUUGGUGAAGUUGACCAUGGCCACAGUGUUGAAGUUGACCAUGGCCACAGUGUUGGUGAAGUUGACCAUGGCCACAGUGUUGAAGUUGACCAUGGCCUCAGUGUUGAAGUUGACCAUGGCCUCAGUGUUGAAGUUGACCAUGGCCUCAGUGUUGAAGUUGACCAUGGCCUCAGUGUUGGUGAAGUUGACCAUGAUCACAGUGUUGGUGAAGUUGACCAUGGCCACAGUGAUGGUGAAGUUGACCAUGGCCACAGUGUUGGUGAAGUUGACCAUGGCCACAGUGUAGGGGAAGUUGACCAUGGCCACAGUGUAGGGGAAGUUGACCAUGGCCACAGUGUAGGGGAAGUUGACCAUGGCCACAGUGUAGGGGAAGUUGACCAUGGCCACAGUGUAGGGGAAGUUGACCAUGGCCACAGUGUUGGUGAAGUUGACCAUGGCCUCAGUGUUGGUGAAGUUGACCAUGGCCACAGUGUUGGUGAAGUUGACCAUGGCCACAGUGUAGGGGAAGUUGACCAUGGCCACAGUGUAGGGGAAGUUGACCAUGGCCACAGUGUUGGUGAAGUUGACCAUGGCCACAGUGUUGGUGAAGUUGACCAUGGCCUCAGUGUUGGUGAAGUUGACCAUGGCCACAGUGUUGGUGAAGUUGACCAUGGCCUCAGUGUUGGUGAAGUUGACCAUGGCCUCAGUGUUGAAGUUGACCAUGGCCUCAGUGUUGAAGUUGACCAUGGCCUCAGUGUUGAAGUUGACCAUGGCCACAGUGAUGGUGAAGUUGACCAAGGCCACAGUGAUGGUGAAGUUGACCAAGGCCACUGUGAUGGUGAAGUUGACCAAGGCCACAGUGUCGGGGGGAGAGAGGGAGGGACUGGAACAGAAUGUGACUUAACUCAACAACCGAAGAAAGAAAGAAAAAGUAAGAUUAUCCGUGAGAUAAUACGUGAACGAGGGAAAUGGGAAGGAAAUAUUAUUGUUGCUAAGGCACACAGCGUCACGGAAGAAGCCCCCGCCACGGCAGGCGAGGCCGGUGCCCCCGCGACGCCAGGCGAGGCCGGUGCCCCCGCGACGGCAGGCGAGGCCGGUGCCCCCGCGACGGCAGGCGAGGCCGGUGCCCCCGCGACGGCAGGCGAGGCCGGUGCCCCCGCGACGGCAGGCGAGGCCGGUGCCCCCGCGACGCCAGGCGAGGCCGGUGCCCCCGCGACGCCAGGCGAGGCCGGUGCCCCCGCGACGCCAGGCGAGGCCGGUGCCCCCGCGACGGCAGGCGAGGCCGGUGCCCCCGCGACGGCAGGCGAGGCCGGUGCCCCCGCGACGGCAGGCGAGGAAGUCUUUACUCUGAAGAGAACUAGUUAUCACAGACAAGAAGGAAUCCAGGUCAGUGUUGAUGGGCACGAGAAGAAGACAGUGACGGGUGAGGCCACCUCGAGGCGCUUCCUGGAGAGACAAACCGCUGGUGCAGGUUCAGGCCAGGAGAUUGGUCAUAAGAAUAUUUUAAUGGAAAAAGUGGACGUGAAAGGGAUGUCAAAUGCUCUUUUAAGACCUAAUAUCGAGACUGAUUUGGGAAAUAACUCUAUUUCCAUUGAAGGAGGCGUUGGAAUAAUGGUAAAUAGUGAUACAGAAAUUAAUGAUAAAAUCCUGAAUGGUUGUGAGGAGAGCUGGAGCGUCCUGGCGCCGGCAUCCCAUCACGCACCUGACGCCACACACACAAGACCUGAUAUAAUUAUUAAUCGGAUUAAAUGCCAACCAUUUCGAACAGAAUCAUCAACAACUCUGAAGACAUCUUCGAGCGAAGCAGUAGAGAAUAAUUUAGUCACACAGACUCUUAUGUCUUUCUCAAAAGAUAAUUACAGUAAUACUUUAGUGACAAACGAGAUGGAAAACACGUCAAACAUUAUUUAUGGAAAACCCUUACAAGCACUGGAAGUGGAGACUUGUGGACCUUCAGUUCUAAGCUUGUACAGGUCUUCUUACAAGCAUAAAGUGGGGGCUGUAGACCGCGUCUUUAGAAUACGUAUUAAGAAACUAUACUUCUCUAAGUUACAGGUCCGUGAGCUUAAUGGACUUGUCGGUGGCCGGGCCCCUUGGUGUGCUGGUGGCCGGGCCCCUUGGUGUGCUGGUGGCCGGGCCCCUUGGUGUGUUGGUGGUCUCAGCAGCAGCAGCAGCGAGACACCGUCCAUCCUUAAUGCUGUACAAGAAAUGAAUGCUUUAAGACGGAAGUGUUGCACGGGGUCGCCUCUCCGCUCCAGUAUGGAGAGUACACACCACCCAAUAAGGACGCUAAAGUUCCUGAGAUAUAACGAAAGCGUGAGUCGAGUCAAAAGAUAUUGGAAAUCGUGGUCGUAUAAUGAACUGUCACGUUAUAAACAAGAGUGUUUCGAAGCUGCCAGUGUCCAUCGACAUGUUAGUAAGGGUUACAGUAAUAUUCUCCACACAUUUGAGAAUGCUUUUAACGAUGGCCAUGAGAAAUCACUCUGCCGUAUAUACGGCAGAGAAACGCCCACUGAUAUAGUUUUCGGAAACUUGGGCCCUGCCGUUAGGUGUGAGCAAGAGGUGGUCCAGUCUGCCGUUCUCAGCACCAUGUCUUAUGAUGUGGGUUUGGAAACUCAUGAAGCCUGGCUGAGCCAAGAAUGGCCAGGUCAUGAUAAACAAGCCUGGCUGAGCCAAGAAUGGCCAGGCCAUGGUGAACAAGCCUGGCUGAGCCAAGAAUGGCCAGGUCAUGGUGAACAAGCCUGGCUGAGCCAAGAAUGGCCAGGCCAUGAUAAACAAGCCUGGCUGAGCCAAGAAUGGCCAGGCCAUGGUGAACAAGCCUGGCUGAGCCAAGAAUGGCCAGGUCAUGGUGAACAAGCCUGGCUGAGCCAAGAAUGGCCAGGCCAUGAUAAACAAGCCUGGCUGAGCCAAGAAUGGCCAGGCCAUGGUGAACAAGCCUGGCUGAGCCAAGAAUGGCCAGGCCAUGAUAAACAAGCCUGGCUGAGCCAAGAAUGGCCAGGCCACAAUAAAGAUUUGUUUACAAACAUGGAGAAAUUUGAGAGCAAAGAAGUUGUAAUCAAGGACCAUCAUCAACAACCAGGCACAAGCCACACCACUGAAAAAUUAGCUUGUGAAUUUGAAAUGUUUCUCGACAAGCAGAGAGGAGAGACCUACACGCUCAUGUUUAGUAACCAAACGAGUACUGUACAUCGUGUUAAUGAUGAUCAACAGCAUUUAGAAACUGUUAACUGGCGUAGGCUGCAACUCGCAGGAGCAAGAGAUGAAAAGCUGGAGAAGACGGAGGAUCCAGUUGACUCCGCAGGGCCACACACUUCCAUCUCUCUGUGUCAACUAAAAAGUUCACGAGGUCAAGCAGUUACUGACAACGAAGACAAACUGGCAGAAUUCUCGCUUUGUAAAAUAGAAAACAGUAAUUACACAACCCACAAGAAGACUGAACUUAAUAUGCAGACGAAUACAGGAGAGCGGCAAAUGGCUUUACCUCAUGUAAGGAUAAAACGCUGCAAUACACGAACGCAAGCAAAUAUAAAAUAUGAAUUUAUUUUAUAUACUGAAAGUAAGGAAAAGGAAGGGCAAGUGACUGGAGUCCAGAGCACUGGAGAGGUAAAACGUUUGUGCACGACCAACACGGAGCCGCACGAGCACCCAACUGCACUUGUCGAGGUUACGCAGAUUAAUGAAUGUAAUGUGCAACGUGCAAACGAUGUUGCUGCAGCGUCGGGUGGCUUACUUAAUGUUGCUCCGAACAUAUUUUACAUUUCUAAAGGUUCUUGUGCACAUGAUCGACCAGAUGAAGAUGGUAGUGUGAUGGAUGCACCAGUUGAAGGCAGUUGCAUGAUGGAUGCACCAGUUGAAGGCAGUCGCACAAUGGAUGCACCGGUUGAGGGCAGUCGCACGAUGGAUGCACCGGUUGAGGGCAGUCGCACAAUGGAUGCACCGGUUGAGGGCAGUCGCACGAUGGAUGCACCAGUUGAAGGCAGUCACACGAUGGAUGCACCAGUUGCAGGCAGUCGCACGAUGGAUGCACCGGUUGAAGGCAGUCGCACGAUGGAUGCACCAGUUGAAGGCAGUUGCACAAUGGAUCCACCAGUUGAAGGCAGUUGCACAAUGGAUCCACCAGUUGAAGGCAGUCGCACAAUGGAUCCACCAGUUGAAGGCAGUCACACGAUAGAUCCACCAGUUGAAGGCAGUCGCACGAUGGAUCCACCAGUUGAAGGCAGUCACACGAUAGAUCCACCAGUUGAAGGCAGUCGCACGAUGGAUCCACCAGUUGAAGGUAGUCCCACGAUGGGUGCACCGGUUGAAGGCAGUCACACGAUGGAUGCACCGGUUGAAGGUAGUCCCACGAUGGAUGCACCGGUUGAAGGUAGUCCCACGAUGGAUGCACCGGUUGAAGGUAGUCCCACGAUGGGUGCACCGGUUGAAGGCAGUCCCACGAUGGGUGCACCGGUUGAAGGUAGUCACACGAUGGGUGCACCGGUUGAAGGUAGUCCCACGAUGGGUGCACCAGUUGAAGGUAGUCCCACGAUGGGUGCACCAGUUGAAGGUAGUCCCACGAUGGGUGCACCAGUUGAAGGUAGUCCCACGAUGGGUGCACCAGUUGAAGGUAGUCCCACGAUGGGUGCACCAGUUGAAGGUAGUCCCACGAUGGGUGCACCAGUUGAAGGCAGUCACACGAUGGAUGCACCAGUUGAAGGUAGUCCCACGAUGGGUGCACCGGUUGAAGGAAGUCCCACGAUGGGUGCACCAGUUGAAGGCAGUCACACGAUGGGUGCACCAGUUGAAGGUAGUCCCACGAUGGGUGCACCAGUUGAAGGUAGUCCCACGAUGGGUGCACCAGUUGAAGGUAGUCCCACGAUGGGUGCACCAGUUGAAGGCAGUCACACGAUGGGUGCACCGGUUGAAGGCAGUCACACGAUGGAUGCACCGGUUGAAGCCAGUCGCACAAUGGAUGCACCGGUUGAGGGCAAUCGCACGAUGGAUGCACCGGUUGAGGGCAGUCGCACGAUGGAUGCACAGGUUGAAGACAGUCGCACUAUUGGUCCACUGGUUCAAGGCAGUCAAGUGAAGACUCCAUCGGUUCAAGAUAGUGACGACAAUGAAGUUACUCUCAAUGAUCAUUUGGAAGAAAGAGAAGGAACAGAGGUUAAGGUAGAGAUGCUGGAAACGCUCUGCUUUAAUGAUCACUGUGAGGCAGCCUCUCAGGAGCCGUCUUCCAUACUACUUCCAUACAAUCAUUCCUUGGGAGAAGAAACUAAAUGCAUUGGACGUCUUGUAUCUGCGAGGUCUUCAGAUUUUGAUGACACUGGCAAUAAUGAAAACUUUCUGGGAGAUGAAAAUAAUUGCUAUACUUUCAAAGCCCCAAAUACCAUAGAGACUUCAUACCCGGUAAAAUAUUUACAUGAUGCCAUGUUUAACACAGAAUAUUUGGAGAUGAAGAGCUUGGAUGCUGGACGCCAGGUGAUGAAUGAUGAGGGAGGGAUAAUCGUAUGUUUUAAUGACUAUCAAACAGAACACUGCCGUACCAACAUUGAGGAGAAUCAACUAUUGUCAAGGGAACUCGUUAGUGUUAAUCAAGUGCCGGAGUCAUCCACCAACUCGCAAACACCUCAACACAAAUACAUCGAUAGUUUGUCUCGGAGAUUCAAGAGAAAAAUUAAAACUGAAAAUGAGGGUGAAAAGUUCUUGAAGACACUGUGUGCUGUGCCUCGAACGCGUGUGGACACUGGCCUUCAUACUGCCGCAGGCCCUCGUAGCAUAAACUUCCCGAAUGCACUACCGAACAAGUACCUACAUUGUACUAAAAUAUCUGAGAAAUAUAUUCAAUUUUCCUCGAUGUACGAGAGUAGUGGGUUUGAGGGAAUGGAUGGUUCUAUUAUGGAUGAAGAGCUCACACAGAGUACAUGGAACAGGUUUGAAGAUGCAGUAGAGUACUUUGUUGUGGAAGAUGCAGAGUCCAGUACUUCCGUGAACAGUACGCAGAGUUAUGUACUAACAAGCAAAAGGUUUACCACUGAACUGGGAAUUGAUCCAAUAGUUAAAAGUGAAGAAUUCUUUGCUGCACCAGAUAGUCCAGUGGGGUUGAUUGAUGAGGUGGAGUUGAUAGAUGAGGUGGAGUGUAAUGAGAUCACUGCUAACAGAGAGAGAAAGGGCAGCGGCCCACAACACCCACCAGGGGCCAGGUUUACUAUGGAGGUAGAUACAGUCUCUGUGAACAUUGAAGAAUUCUCCUCUUACAGCCAUUUGGUCCGUGGCAAUAACCAACACACACAAAGGACUCUUUUAAACAAGUUACAUAAGAAAAUUGACAUGAAGAAAAGAGGCAAGAAGUGUGAGAGUGAAGCACCAGGUCAUGUCAGCUCUGGGUCAGUGAAGUGUAUGGCAUGUCCACGCAUGUUUGCAACACUUGAAACACUUGCAUCUCACUUCAGACGUAAACAUGCAAGAGAUAACUUCUUUACCUUUUGCCCAGUUGUAAACUGUUCUGCAAGGAUUGCAAAUACCAGGGUCGACUCUCAUAUUAAAAACCACGUUCUUCUGCAAGACCACAAGUGCACAGUGUGUUCAUUCUCUUGUUCAACACGAUCUUCCCUCGGGCGACAUCUUACUAUUCAUAAGCCGAAAGAUUCACUCCUGGAUGCUGGUGCAAAGCCUGAUGGAAACGUUCAUCUUGGACGAUAUUGUGCUCCAGAUAAGUUGAAGAAUAUUUCGGGUCAAAAGACCACGUUUAAAGCCGUCAAAAGAAAAAUGCCAACAGGUUUUAGUCAUGCUGAGGGGAGGCGUGCGAGCGCUGCAUCUUCAGCUGAGGAUGAACAGUCUGAGAGAGAAGUGUAUUGUGGAGACAUUAACACCGGCCCGGUUGUUUCAGGUAAUAUUAGGCGCCAAAAUCGGGUCAUUCACUGCUGCUCGCAGGUGUUAUCUACAGUGGAAGAUGUGCGUGAACAUGUCCGGUGUUGGCACAAGCAGGGCCACAGGUAUGUGCCGUGUUUGGACUCUGCUUGUCCGGUCAAGCUGCAGUGCUCCAACUUGGACAGCCAUCUUCGCUGCCACACUGUUCAAGAACAAUAUAAAUGCCACAUGUGUACCUAUUCCUGCAGGAAUGAAAGUGCAUUGAAGAUUCAUAUUCGUGCACAUAUAAAGACAAUUAAAGCAGGCGAGGAAGUACGACGAUUCGCCGGACAUAAUCAGGAGGCAUUAUUUGUGAACCACGACUGGCAGUUUCAGAGAUCAAAGCGGUACAACAUUUCUCAACACUUUAAAAAAAUUUCCCAAAAAGUUGAAACAUUGAAGCCAUUUGCUAAUAAUCUCGAGCCUGGUAAGAAGACAGCAUUGCCAAGGAGUAAUACAAAAAGUAAAGUUUCUGGAAGGGUGUAUCUCGAUGAGCAAAGUCAGAUGAGUAAAGAUGGAGCGUGUCGAGGAGAGAGAGAAGAGCGGCCAGACGUCCUGACUCCCUCUGGUCAAACUCUCAACAGGGUUACUAAGAAAUUUGUGUGCUAUGACACCAAGGUGGCAGAGAAGAUUGGUUCUUUACCUCGUCAAGAGAUAAAAGUGAAAAGAAUGAAACAAUCUUAUGUUCGAACUUCAAAAUCUGUCAAGAAAGCUGUUAAUGUAUCAUCGUUGCCUGGACAAGGGAAAGAAACCGAGGCCCAGGUGCCAACGUUAGCCCAGGCAGAACAGGUCAGGGACCUACAGUCGUCCUACCAAAGUUCUCAAGCUGCCAAAGAGACUGCUUUAACUGGAAAAACAUCCAGGAAAUUUACGUUCAAAAAAUCAAACUUUCUCUUAAAGGAUAAAUCUGCAGGAAAGACUUCAAAACAAAUUUUAGGAAGCAAAAGGAAGCUAAGUAUUAAAAUAACAUCUGAAAGUAAAAAGAAUUUUCAUAAGAAAAGGAAAGUGGGCCAAGUUAAGGGAACCUACGAAGCCAAGAAGCAUGUUAGGGACUCUGCAAUACGAAACGCCUACACAGAACACACCCGCGAAGGACACCUUAACCCUUCAAGAGAAAGGCAACCAGAAGAAUCUUUGGCUUCUCAAGGCACACUGACUGUAGAAGAAAAUAGUAUUUGUACAGUUAGUAAGAGACAGUCUUCAGGAAUCCAUAGGCUUUUCCACCAUUCUUCAUAUGAAGAGAGUUUUAUAGAUGGUAUUAAUAGAGACUGCACAUCCAGGGUGCUGGAGUCAACAUCAACAAUGUCGGUGGAGUGUGAGAGUUUGCUUCCUGGGAACUACAGCUGUCCGCUAUGUACGCUCCAUUAUGACUCGCCUGACAAGUUAAUACAACACUACACGGACUCUCAUCCUUCCCACUCGCCUUACACCUGUAAGUUUGAUGGUUGUCCAGUAAAUCUUCAGAAGAGAGAUUCUUGGAGGCAUCUCAUGGGUCAUCUCUACCAAAGCUCCUUCAAGUGCCAUCUUUGCUCAUAUUCUCACCAAAAUAUUCACAUGUUGAAACAACAUCUACUUUGCCACUCACAGGUUAUUGAGGUACUUCAGUCGAGUGAAGAAGUUGCCCUAAACGUGGAAGGUCCAUCAGGACAGGUCAGAGUCUGCAUAACAGCAGAGUCUGUUAAAAGGCGACUGAAAAGAAAACUGAACAUUGUAGGCAGUGUCGAGAAAGUGAAGAAGCGCCCACGAGAGACCAGUUGGGGUGGCACAGAUCCUCCACAGCCACUUGAGGAUGACGUGGCUCAGCCUCCAGACCCAUCAUGUGCCUCAAGUCCCCCUCCAGUUUAAUGAAGACAGUGAGAGAGAAGUUGGGAUGGUCGCGUUCGACGUUGACGGAAUGGAAAAAGAUAAGCAAUUAUAUUUGACAUCCUUAUCUUAGUGCCAAUUUUAUUUUCAAGUUGUAAUAUUUUCAUUGAUGAACUAAUUUAAAACAUCUACUUUCUAUUAAUAGUAUUGCUAAGCAAGUUCACAGUUGUCUUUGAAUAUAUUAAUGACGUACAAAAAUAAAUUAGAAUGGUGGGGAAGGCAUAUAUAGAAUAUUGUUUUCGAGAGGAAGAGACUGGUAAAGCCUCAAGGAUGUAAGCAUACGUCUGAUGCUGAUCUUAUUAUCAUGACUGAGCUUUACGUGUGGGGAAACUGCAUGAAGAUUAAAGUAGAUUUUGAAUAGGUCGCAAAAUGUAGUGUUGGAUUUUAUAUGCAACAUGUAUAGACUCGUAAUUAAUGCAUUAAUACCCACAAGCAUAUAUGGUUGAUGCGCCACGUUUUAGCAUCGUGACUUGUCAUAUUUUGGAAUUUCCUUUAUUGAAUAUUCGAAGGAAUGUGUGCAAAACAUUUAACAUUAAAAUGUUUAUUAAACAGAAUUUGAAAUAAAAAUGCAAGAGUUAUGUUUAACAUUUAAAUCAUUACAGUGUAUUUGUAUGUGUGACGGAAAAAUUGUCAAUAAAUGAGAA